AUGUUGUGUGUUCUGUUAUAAAUAUUAGAGCACUUUCGGUUUCUCUAUGAUUGAAAAGACAGCUUAACCAUGCAUUUCUAGUAAAAGACUACUGCCAGUAAAAUGAGACAAAGCUAGGUUAAUUGUUGUCCAUCCUACCAUAUACAGUAAGUCCCUCUCCUCUUAUAAAUCAUUAAUUUCGCCCUCAGACCUCCCUCUGCUUACUAACACCAGCCAGCCUCCUCUCUGCCCAGACGCAAGCGCUCGUCCACGUGCGUGACGGGCACGCGCCUACGCUGUUUAAAACGUGUGUCCUCGGGGCUGUCUGAUUCACUCAACUCAUACACGUCCACCGGAUAAAGCAGAGCAUGAUUCAGUCUGUACACACGCUGUUUCACUGUCGUAUAUAUGCGCCAGACGGACACUGAGCUCAGAGAAAAAUCAAACAGAGAACUGGAUGAACUGACUGCGAGUUUGUCAACACCGACGGAGCGGUUAACCGAUUUAUUUGUCACAUUUACCGACAGUCAAACUGUUGGGGUUUUUUUUGUCAGCGUGCAUGGUAUUAGACUCUCACCUGACGGGACUCUGCGGUUCACCUGAGGCGCACGAGGACAUCGUUUGCAUGAAUCUGUGGCCAGAUAAAAGCAGUGGAUGCAACUACGCUCCAUUUAUAGAAGAAAGGUGGAAGAGCGGGAGAAGUUCUGAAGAGGACCAGCUGACCAUCAGCACCUCAGCAAAAACUUCCCCAAAGCCCAGCCUGAAACGCAACAUGUCCCUCAGCACUUUCCACCUCAUGCAAACCCUUAAGAACUCUCCUGCUGCACUGCGGCGCCGCUUCCGCCGUGACCGCACGGAGUCUUUGUCCCACGGUGACCCUCUCUUCAAGGUCCACUACUUGGGAACAGAGAAAAUCUUCUCUCUAGAUAGAGAGCAGGCCCAGGAUGCUAUUAACCAUUUGCUGGAGGGUAUUGCUAACGGGAAGAAGCUGAGCAAAGAUCACGCCCUGGUGGUGCGCCCGAGAUACGUCGAGGUCAAGGAACUGAGUACGGGUCGGCAGCUCACAAAAACAUACCUUCAGGACAUUGCAUACUGUGCCGCAGAUGCCAACCGACCCAAUGUCUUCCUGUACAUCUGCAAGCAUCAUGGGCAGCAGCUGCAGUGUCGGGUGUUCUGGUGCAGCCGGGCCGAGAGAGCACGAGACAUGACCGCUUGUCUGGCACACUCAUUCCAACGGGCGUUGAGUGACUGGCAGCAGGACGGCUCGGCCACGCUGCUGCCAGGAGAGGUGAAGGGGAAACGUGUAGACGAGUCGUCCAACUGUCCUGGCAACACGAAGAGCUCCACGCUUCCUGCUGGUCUGGGAAAAGUUCACUGGAAGAAGAGAGGCUCAAUGUCACGCAGCCCCCUCAGGGCCAUCACCAGAAGAGGAUCUGCCUCUGACAGCUGGAACUGAGCCCCUGCUUUAACCCUUCGAACACGGGCCCACGUUAACCUAACGACAACCUCAAGGAUGACCGCACUGAUGGGAGGGAGGGAACAAUUACAAUGCAGACGAAAGGACAAUGGGGAUGUGGGGGAGUUGGUUAAGUCCAUAUUUGGACACACGAGGAUUCUGCUUUUGAAAGGAUGUUGCCAUAAUCGGUGAGUCAGUGUAUGGACUUGAAGGUUUUUUGACGCAGCAAAGUCGUCCUUUGACUUUUGCAAGAGUAGCGUCCAACACGGCGCAAGAUGUUGUUGACAGCUGCCUUUGUUCACAUGUCAACAGCUAUGUAAGGACUUGUGACUGGCUGCAAGCCAUUUGAAGACCGGAUUGGUUCAUUUCUAUGGCUUUUGUUUGUUUAAGUAGUUGUUACAUGAAGCCACCAAAGGUUUAGUCAGUUGGAGAGACAAUUAAACCAACAAUCUUUUGGCUGUUGGCCAAAACUGGAAAAAGACGACAAGUCUUUAUUUUUGAAGACUUUUUAAAAGUGUUUUAUUUACUGACAUUUGUGACAGGUCAUGAUUUUAUUGUAAUUUUUUUUUUUUUUAACCCUGUGGCACUAGCAAGCAUUUUUCUCUUUUAUUUUUGAAUACGAUGGAGAAAACCAUACUUGUGACCCAUGAUGUGACAGUUUUUUUUUCAAGAUUUUGUCGAGAUUCAGAGGGAAAAGCAAACAUGGCAUACAGAAGUAAAAGUGAUUAUAGUCUGUGUUGCACAUAAAUGCAGCUACUUACAGUUAGUAAUUUCUGAGCACUUUUGAGUUUCCAGCUGUUAAAUUCUACAUCUGAACACAUCAAAGUUCCUUUUUCAUCAUAAAUCAAACGUUUUAUCAUGUCUUACUACAUUUUAAGAGGUCAUUAGUUUCCAUUAGUUUAGUAGGCCCAGCUGCAUUAUAAAUGAAAAAAAAAAUAGACCUUUUGCAGAACAUGCAAGGUCA